AAGGAAUUGUUAGAGAUGCUUGGAGGGAAAAAAGGAAGAGACAGAAUAGGAUGGAGGAGUUGCUGUUAUUGAUAAUUUUAGAGAAGUGGCAUUUUCAUUUUUGAUCUGAUUUUUAGUUGGCAGUUAUUUUAAAGAAUAAUCUUCAUCUAACCUAUUCUCAACCCAGUUGUUAAUAUUCUGUGAACCAAUAUAAAUUUCUCUAAAGGAACUCUAAAAUGAAAAAAGUUUUCUAUGUAUGUUUAGUUUUCAAAAAUAGUUUUUAAAACCAUAAAUGUCUUGCUGUGUUUUGCUGCUCCUUUAAAAUAUUUUUCAAUAUUUGCCUUUGGCAAAUCCAGUGAAUUUAGACUUUCCGGGUAGGAGUUCUGGCGCUUUAAGCUAGCUUUGCACACUGACUUGGUGAAUGCUUUACCUGCAGCACAUGAGAGUACAUAGUAAAGUUACCUUAAAAUUGAAAUGAAAGCAGCGGGCAUGUAAAGCAUAUUGUGAAAAGUGUGAAGGACUUAAGGUUUUCUGGUGGAGCAGCAUGUUAGAUGCUGCUAUGGACAGGUUAAAAAAUCUUCAAUUUUUCAUAUUUUCUUAUAUGAAAUUUUGAAAAAAUUUUGAAGCUUUUUAUUUUCACAUAGGAUGACAUAAGCUUAAUGUUAACUCCUUAUAUAUGCAUAUACUUAUGCUACUUUGGUAAAAUAUAAGUAAAUAUUAUUAUAGUUGUGGGAAAUUCUAUAAAGUGUGGUCAACUUUAAAAAGAAUAUUAAUACUGAGGCUUAUUCUGUCUUACUCUUUAAGAAUAAUUUUAGUUGUUGCCGAUUUAGAGCAUGACUGCUUCAUUUUUAAUAACUGAUAUAAUUAACACUUCUUCCACUUAAUAAUGACAAGAACUCGAGGUGUCAACAGGAUAAGUCCCAGGAGUCAACAACUUGUUUCCCAGGAGACCUCCACAUUUAGACUUGACCCUGCUCCCAGCAGCUAUUCCUCAGCAAGGUAAACAGCAUGACCCUGCUGAAUUCUGAAGUGUUGAUUACAUUAGAACCAGCACUUGUGUAGAUUUGGGGACUGUUCCUUGAGGAACAGUGGCCAUUUAGUUUCACUUGAAGGUAUACAUAAUUGUGGACCUAGAUCUGAAUCCUCAAAGUCUGUCUUAAGAACUUGGACCAUCACUUUUCAGGAGUACUGUAGGCACCUUUGGAGUCUGAAAGACUUUGGGUAGGCUGGACUGUGUCUGUCUUCUGGUGACUCCCUUAUUCAAGUCCGCACCGCUCUUUAGGACUAGGAUGUGACAUCGGUGUUUGAUGUUCUCUGUUUCCUCUGGCUCCUUUAUUUUUCCAAGUGAAGUCGGACCUUAUAAAUACCUGUGCUUUUGGGACAUGCCCUGAUGAUGUAGUUACCUGCCUUUGGUGAAAGCUAUGACUGGGCCCAAACCACAAGUUUCCCCAACUUAAAAAUAGAUGCGUCUCUGGCUUAAGGAACAGCAUCUGUCAGCUUCCCACAUGGGGCAUUUUAGGUUUUGGCAUAUUGACUGUUCCGAAAUGGCCGGUUUCCAUGAUUCCCAGUGUCCUUUGAUGGUUUUGCCCUAAUGAGACCUGGCUCUUUUUCCUCUGACUUCCAGGCUCAAGAAAGGCAGCUCUGUGUGGGUUAGCAGACAGCGAGACUUCUGCAGGCCAAGCCAACAGGACUCGAUUUGUCACUCACUGGGCUAAAUUGAUUCACAAGAUCAGUGAUUCCCAGGCUUUCUUGAAAUGCACCUCAUUCCCUGGCGCGCUUACCACUGAAGGUGAAUUCUCCCUUUAAGAAGAAGAAAAUUUUGGUGGAGAGCUACCCAGCAAGGAAAGGACGUGUGGCUAUUAAGUAACAUUUAACACAACCAUGGCCAUGGAGGAAAUUAAACUUACACAGAAUGUCCAUAAUGAGGCUCUGAGUGCUGAUGUUUCAGACAAGAAGAAGGGAGGCAAAUUCCAGCCUUUUAAGAAGUUGUUUGGCAAAAGGAAAAAGAAAGACACUUCAAUUUGCCGGGAGACGCCUGCAGGGAAGAAGAGUCACACUCCCCAGAGCAUCAGCAAUGGCACCUUUUCUUCCGACGAGGAGGACAAUCUAAGGUCCUUCAACUAUUCUAUGGGAAGCCGGGCGUUUUCCCAUGACAGUAUUUUUAUCCCUGAUGGGGGAGCAGAAAGUGAGCAGACAGUUCAAGCAAUGUCACAGGACAACAUCCUGGGCAAAGUCAAAACUCUUCAGCGGCAGUUGGGCAAGAACAUCAAGUUUGGGCAGCCGCCACCCGGUGCCACUCCCAUGAAGAAGGCAGACAGUGGAGAGGCUAGCUUAGAAGAGGAACCGUGCCUGACCAGUCCCAUGGAAAUUGUGACUCAGCAGGACAUCAUCCUCUCGGACGCUGAGAACAAAUCUACGGACACGCCGAGCUCUCCGAGUCCUCCGAGCCGGCCUGGAGCCAGAAGUGAGAUGGAAGAGAAGGUAGCUCCAGCUAAACCGUCUCGGCCAAAAAGGCACUUCUCUUCCGCUGGCACCAUUGAAAGUGUCAACCUAGAUGCCAUCCCCCUGGCCAUUGCGCGCCUGGACAACAGUGCCGCCAAGCACAAACUGUCCGUUAAGCCAAAAAAAAACCAGAGGGUGUCAAAGAAGCACAGGCGACUUGGACUUGCCUGGGAUCGACCCAGUGAACAAGGUGGCCUUCCAAGUCAGCUGUCCCUGGACCAGAACGGACACCCUGGAGAAGACAAGCCAACGUGGCAUGAAGAGGAGCCAGAGCCCCUGGACUCCGAGGAAGAGAAGAGAUGCCAAGAAGAAUACUGGCGGGAGCUGGAGGCCAAGUGCAAACGGCAGAAGGCUGAAGCUGCGGAGAGGAGACGCCUGGAAGAGCAGAGGCUACAGGCCCUGGAGAGGAGGCUUUGGGAAGAGAACAGAAGGCAGGAGCAGCGUGGAGAGGAGGCAGCGGCGGCAAAGAGAAGGGAAGAGCUGGCGAAAAGGCAGGAGAAAAUGGGGGCGCAGGGGCGGCGGGAGGCGGGCCGGGAGCCUCGGGAAGCCCCAGGAGUGGGAGAGGAGAGUCGGCCGGCGCCGGGGGGCAGGAGCCCUCUUCCUCCUCAGGCUGACCUCGCAGAGGAAGCUGAACGGGAGCACGUGGCGCCUGAGGAGCAGGGAGAAGACGCCGAGCAGCCCAGUGCUGGCCGGAAGCAGAGCCCAGAGGCUGAGCCGUCGGCAGAGCCGCAGGGGAAGCGCGGGGAUGCCCAGCGGCAGGACGUUCGUGUGUCCGGAGGGAAGCAGAUUCUCUUCCCCAAAGUCAACCUGAGCCCGGUGACCCCGGCGAGAGAUGCAGGGCCCGCCCCUGCUCCCCACGAGCCCAAAGCCCCCAGAGCGAGCCCUGCCCCGCACGCCCUGCCCGCCUCGCUGAGCAUCCCGCACACGGCCAUCCUGGUCACGGGCGCCCAGCUGUGCGGCCCCGCCGUCAACCUGAGCCAGAUCAAGGACACGGCCUGCAAGUCCCUGCUGGGCUUGUCGGAGGAGAAGAAGCACGUGGACGGCCCCGCCCCGGAGAGCCCCCCUCCCAGCCCCUCGCCCGCAGCCCAGCCUGGACCCCCGGCGGUCAGCGGCCAGACCGCGGCGCCGGAGCACAAGGCAGCGAACAGAAUGCCCGCGGUGCAGAAGCCAGCGCUGGCCCCCAAGCCCGCGGGCCAGACCCCGCCGUCCUCUCCACUCUGCAGACUGAGCAGGCCCCACCUGGUGGAGCUGCUGGCCCGGCGGCCCGGGAAGCCUGACCUGGAGCCCAGUGAGCCCUGCAAGGAGGGCCAGGGGGACCAGGGGGGCGGCGGGCCUCGGCCCCCCUCCCCACCGCGCCCCGAGGAGCGGGAGGCCCAGCGGGGAGAGGAGGAGGAGGCAGAGAGGAAGCCCGCGGCCCCACCGGAGAAGCCUUCCCUAGCGCCCGAGGCCGGGAGGAAAGAAAAGCCGGUGCUUCAGAGCAGACACUCUUUAGAUGGUUCCAAACUUGUGGAGAAAGUUGAAACUGCGCAGCCACUGUGGAUAACAUUAGCACUGCAAAAGCAGAAGGGGUUUCGGGAGCAGCAAGCUACUCGAGAGGAGAGGAAGCAAGCCAGGGAGGCCAAACAGGCAGAAAAGUUCUCCAAAGAUAACGUCAGUGGCAGUCCUCAGCCAGGAAGCAGCAGUGUCAGCAGAGCUGGAUCCCUGCACAAGUCCACGGCUCAGCCAGAAGAAAAGAAGCCGGAGACAGCGGUGUCCAGGCUUGAGCGCAGAGAACAACUGAAAAAGGCCAACACCCUUCCCACCUCUGUGACAGUGGAGAUCUCUGAUUCGACUCCCCCAGCGCCACUGGUGAAAGAAGUCACAAAGAGGUUUUCCACCCCAGAUGCUGCCCCCGUGUCAACAGAACCAGCCUGGCUGGCUUUGGCCAAAAGGAAAGCCAAGGCCUGGAGCGACUGCCCACAGAUUAUUAAGUAAAGAGUGACUCUUAUCCAUUCCUAUUCCCAGUUACUGGCUCCUCUCUUGCCCUUUUUAUUUAUUUUUUUAUAUGCGGUAAAGAAACCAAGCUAGGGGAAAAGAAGCAUGUUUUAUAGGCGCUAAAAUAACAUUUAGAAACUGAACUGGUGGUGUUCCUUGUAAAGAGUGUAUUUGCACAACCCUAGGUCUGGUGCCUUGAGCUCCUCCUAGUUCUAAAGAGAAAGUUCUGUCCGAGGGACCACAGGAAGCAAAAUCUCCCGACUAAGAACUCCUCAGGAGAGCCUGCCACCCCUGUCCGCAGCCCUUCCACACGCACACACCACACACCACUGGACAUGGACUUUUGCCAAUCUUUGUAAUGGUUUUUUGACUCUCUGCUCCCAUUUCUUUUAUCCAAAACCUGUACCCUGCCGUGUGUUUGGGGAUUUCUACCUUUUUCUACGGUAAUGGUGAAAGGACCGUGUAGAGAUAGAAAUAAGGCCCAUUCUCCUGAGCACAGCCAGUAACUGAAUUGCAACGCAGUCUGGCUCCCCCUCCGUGCCCAUGUCUGGUCCUCAUGAUUUCCCCCGACCUGCAGCCGUAACACAGAAAGCGAAUCCAUCCUGCCUCUCCCACACUGUUGAUCUGCGGGCCCCAUCAUACCAGGACUCUCCUUACCGACACGCUAAACAUUUGGCCCAUUUGGUUCCCAGGGAACAUUUUAUUUAAUAUAAAGAAAGGAAACUAUAAAUUCUCUUUCUGUCUGAGACUCCCCAUCUAGUGCAGUUCUUAAGAUGUCCAGGCUCCAUCCCAGGCCUGCUGUGAGGACAGGGCCUCUAAGGUUGAGGACCUUGGGAUACACUGCUUCUACUGUAAUCUAGUUUUUAAACCUCUGAAAGGGAGACUUGUUUUACCCAAAAGAAGCAAAACUGAGACGGGAAAAAUAAUAAAACCAUCUCCCCCCACACCAGCUGUUUAUUAAAGAUACAAGAGGCUAUUGGCAUUGCAUGUCUCUGAAAAUUCCCUUAAGUCUUUAGGGAAGGUUAACCAGAAGGUUAAGAUUUGGAGCCUUUGUACUAAGGAGCACCUGUGGGAAGUUUCCUUCUUUACCAUAAUUAAUUCAUAUUUAGACUCAAAUAUUCAACAGCAUUUAUAAUUUAGAGCAUUCACCUUGCUAACUUUAAAAGACAUCUCAGAGUUUUAAGUGGCCUUGUUAUUAUACACGUGUGAUACAAAGAAGGGACCUGGCUGUUUAAAAGCCACAUAUAUUCACUAUUUCCCUAAAUUUGGUUUACAGGAAACAGACAUACAGCAAACCCACACGUUGCUGCUACUAACUGCACACUUCAUGGUGUUGGCACACUCCCGUUUUCUUAGCUCCUCACUCCCGAGUAGAAGUACAAAUCUUUGGCCCGGUGCGGGGACAAUUACACCCUUUUCCCUCUCCUGCAAAAAAUCCAUUGUAUUAGUUUGCACCAUUCUUUCCUCCGUGCUCACUCAACAGCAACGUGCUGCUGCUCUGUGCUGUUACUCUCCCAUUCACCUUAAAGAAAGGGUGACGGCAAAGCUAUUUACCACACAGAAGGCAUUUUCUUUCUGGAAGCAAUGGCUCGGUCUUGUGGUAGCAGCUGGCAUGUGUGGUCAUAUGGACAGCUGUACUCUUGCAAGUUGGAUUUAAUAUUAUAUAUAUACUGGACCUUCAGACUGUUAAGAAUCAAUGUAACUUUAAUUUUUUUAUUGCUAUCAGAAGCAAUAUUUCACUGCACGUUUUCCAACUGAUGUUCAUUUCUAAAUCAAAUAUGUAGACAAUUGUUAGUUUCAAUGAUUUCCUCACCAAUAUAACACUUUUUAAUAGGAAUUUUUCCACCUAAAGUCCUGGAAUUUUAGUGCUACAGGAAUUCUUCUGAAUUGACUUUUUCUUUCAUCCUAUCAGCUUUGGAUAAUAUCACAGUAAUGGCCGAGAACAAAGAAAUCAGAUUAUUAACAAAGAAUGGUAGAUGAGUCCACUCUGUACCGUGGGCUCCCCUACCAUAAAGCCCAUCUGAAGUAGGAGAAAUACCUCAGUUAAAAGUUUCCUUCCAAAUCUUUAAGCAAAGAGUAUAUUGAGGGAAGCAGUCACAGCAUCACUUCCAACAACUUCUAAAGGCCACAUGUUUAAUAUAUCAUGUAAACAUUACUCCAAAUUUGCACUAAAUACCAGUGAAGUGUUAUUUUGCUUUAGUUGUGUUGCAGUCUUUUCUCAUCAACAAACUAUGGGAGAAAUUCUGUAAAAACAAAAAAUUCAAGACUUAAAAAAUCCUAUUGCUAUGUUAAAUACACAGCUUUUUUUUUUUUUUGCUUUUUUUUUUAAAACUCAAACACUUCUGGCAAGGUUUAGAUGAUUAACCUCUGUUCAUAGACAUAUAUAUAUAUAAAACUAGAGUUUUUUGUUUACUUUUUAAAUUUUUCAAGUGCAAUUGUUUCUUAUACAUUAAUUACAUUAAAUUAUCAUUUUAGCCAGUUAUCAGCAAAUAGUAGUAUGUAUUGUCUCUCCUUGUGAUGUUUAGUUUAAUUGCUUAUUUUAAAGCAGAAAUAUUAGAGUUACAAGUGUCUUGCAAUAUUUUUACCAACAAUAAAAUUAUGUAGAGACUUAACCAUGAAAAUACUUUAGUGUGAUUUUAAUAUUAUUUUGAGAUUUUGGUUGUAUAAAGUUUUAAUGUAAAAUGUCCAUUAUUGAAGGAACAUGAUCUUUCAAUAAAAAGUACCCACAAGAUCUUUAGCACCAACAGAAUUUCAAGUUCACGUUUUUACUAAUUUCACAGAGCUCAUAUUUAUGUAGCUUUUGUUGCAAAAGAAACCUUUCAAGGCAUUUUUUAUGGUACCUUAUAUAUUUACUAGGUGUUUUUGGAGGAAAAUAAUAGGGUCAAAUAAAAUGUUUCUCUCAAUCCUAA